AUGACCAAUGUGCUGUCAAAGCAAGCCACUAACCUUCGUAAAGAAGUUUCCUUGGCAACAGGAGUUGGUGAAGCAACUGUUGCCCAUGUCAUUGCUGAAUUCAAUAAAGCUAAAAAGGUUACAUCAUCAAAACAAGGUCAACGAACUCCUAAAGAUUUUCAAGCAGAAUAUGUGAAUGCAGUUCAUGAUUUAGUUCUCUCUGCAAAUAAAGAUGGUCUUCCUCUUUCCCUUCAAGCCCCAGUCUUUGAAUUAUCUGAAUUAGGCUUUAAAGAGAUAAAACCAGUGGUAGUUAUUUCAUGCUGGAAAAAAUGUUUAAGUAAGGCGAGAAACUAUUGGGAAAUAGUCGAGGUUGGAAUAAAUGAUGAGAGUGAAGAUGAAGACAUAGACUUGUAUUCAGGAGAUGAAAAUCUUAACAAGGAAGAGUAG